UGAGAAUAUGUCGAAAACAAGUACAACGGCUACAACGAAUGCUGGUGGAACAACAAAUUCAAAUAGUUUAGGUCCAGCCGGAUGUUGGGUAACACAUAAACGUUUAGAAUCAUGGGCACGCGUUGCAAAAGAACGUGCUAUCAGUUAUACAUCACCAAUUAUUAUACGAAAUGGUGGAAGCUCACGCGAUACAGGCAGUACAAAUAGUUUGGCGGAGGAAUUAAAUAAUGAUAACAGCACAUCGAGUACCAGCAACAGUCCACAUCAUAGUACGAAUUCAACUUCAUCCUCAACGCACACAUCCUUUGCAAUGGAAUUAAUGCGUGGUGUAGUCUCAUCCACAUUAGAGCAGAAUAGUAUGUCAUCGAUGCCCACAUCAAGUGGGCCACCGUUACAACAUCAAUCGAAAUCGUAUCCAAGUGGUUGUCAGCCACGAUUAGUUCGUACACCAAGUGUAUCGUCACAGGGAAGUUUUGAUGGGAAUUUUUCUAGACAGAGUCAUCGUGGAUCAUCACCACAAAUUCGAACUUAUGGACCUGAUGGUCGAACACAAUCAACCGCCCAUGCAACAAAUUUUCAACCAAGUAGUCGUUCCCCGUCACCGCAUCGAACCGUCUCACUAGAUAUUCGUUGUACAUCACCCGGCUCAUCAAAUGGUGGCCCCGGCAGUGGUGGAGGUGGUGAUUUUCGUGGAUGUAUGUCACCAUCCCAAACGAGUUUAGUCUCUUUAACAGGAAGUCAAGGUUCGACACCACCACAAUCGUCAUCGUCACGUGGCUCCGUUGGACGAUGUUUAUCGCCGUUGUUAAUACCACAAAAACACUAUUCGAUGGAUUGUGGUCCAUUACCACCAGCGAGUCCUUUGGGUGCAUUACAACCAGAUUUAUAUAAUAAACGUGAUGGUCCGUUAUUUUUGAAUAAUCCAUCAAGGAGUGGACCAACAAUGGGACGGUUACAUUUACGUUUGAAAUAUGAUUUUGAUCGAAGUGACUUAGCAGUUCAUUUAAUUGAAGCUCACGAUUUAUCAACAAGUGAUCAAGGUGGUUUCAAUGAUCCAUACGUUCGUGUCUCGAUGUCACCAUGCGUUGAUAAUCGUAAACGUCAGACAACCAUUCAUCGUAACAAUCCGAAUCCAUUUUUUGAUCAACAAUUUAAAUUUCCUGUUUCGCAUGAAGAUUUACAAGAUAAAACAUUAAUCUUACAAGUAUUCGACGGUGAUCGAUUCUCGCGUAAUGAUGUCGCCGGGGAAGUGCGUAUGUCAAUGGAAGAUUUGGAUGUAACAUCAAGUAUUGAAGUAUGGGGGGAGGUAACCAAAACGAAAAAACCACCAGAAGAAAUGCAAGAAGUAUUGUUGUCAUUGAGCUAUUUACCAUCAGCGGAGCGAUUAACGGUUGUUGUUAUAAAGGCUAGGAAUUUAUUUAUACCAGAAGAUAAAGAAAGUGUGGAUCCAUUCGUAAAAGUAAAUCUUAUUGUGAAUGGUAAACGAGUCAAGAAAAAGAAAACUGCGUCAAGAAAAUUCACCAGCGAUCCAGUUUGGAAUGAAGCUAUGACCUUUAGCAUAUCUUCAUCAAACUUGAAUCAGGCAGCAAUUGAGAUUUGUGUUAUGGAUCAAAAUACAGAAUUUAUUGGCAGUAAUCCAUUAUUGGGCUGUUGUUUAAUCGGUUCACGAGAAGAAGGCCCUGAACGUGCUCAUUGGUUAGAUAUGAUACAAAGUCCAAGAAAAGCUGUAUCACAAUGGCAUAUACUACGGUAA